AUGCUACAAGAGUAUGUUGAGAUGUUGAAGACUAUUACUGACCGCCGAGCGGAAUCAUCACACAAUCGCCGGCUAUACUGGCUGUCACAUAUCAUCACAGAUGUGGUAAACACUAGGAGAUCACAGCAUAAACGACAGAAGUCAGGCCCAGAGCGACCAGCGAGUAUAUAUCCAGAAUCAGAGAUUCUUUCACCUCCCACAGGCGGGUAUAGGUACACAAACUCAGAAUCUCAAGAAAACGCGAAUUCAUGUUUCGACAGUGCUAUAUUUCCAGGCGCGGACAGCUCUUUUAGGUUUAUGAGCCCUAUUAAUACAGCAACUGGAGAGAUAGCUCGGGAGCCAGAUGAGUUUAUGCCGCACUUGGGGAGCUAUGCAAAGGCGGCUCUCGAAAAUGAAAACUUCAGUCUUCUGGCCCAUGGAAUCGUUUCGAGACUCUGGAUUCUUGGAAAGAUAUUAAGCUUGGUUAGGAAUGACCUAUCUUUCGAUCUUUCGGCUUAG